GUUGCUUUCUUGCAAACCCAAUAGGCUUAAGCUUAAGUUUAGUCACAACCAUGGCUUCUAAAGCUUUUCCCAUCUUCUCUUUCACUCUCAUUGUCUUCAUUUCUCUUUUUCCUCAUGCUGCUUUGGCAAACUCUAAUAAUGAAAAAUCAUCCCCAUUUGAUUUCCUUAAGCAUCUUCAAGGAUGCCAUAAGGGUGACAAGCUCAAAGGCAUCCACGAGCUCAAAACCUACCUCGAACAUUUUGGUUACUUGAACUAUAAAAACCAGUCUCAAGCCAAUAAUGAUGAUUUUGAUGACCUGCUAGAGUCUGCUCUUAAAACCUACCAACUCAAUUACCAUUUGAAGGUCACUGGAACCUUAGAUUCCCAAACGGUGUCCAAGAUGAUGAUGCCUCGAUGUGGGGUGCCGGACAUCAUCAAUGGCACCACUCGGAUGACUUCUGGCAAGAAAAACCAACGCCAUAGCUCUACCUCUUUCCAUACAGUUUCUCACUAUACAUUCUUUCCAGGAAGUCCCAAAUGGCCACCUUCUAAGUAUAGUCUUACCUAUGGGUUUCUUCCCCAAACCCCAUCCCGAGCCAUGGAUCCUGUUGCGAGAGCUUUCCAAACAUGGGCUGCCAACACACAUUUCAGGUUUGCGAGGGUACAAGAUUAUACUACCGCCGAUAUCAAAAUAGGGUUUUACAGAGGUAACCAUGGAGAUGGGAGUUCUUUCGAUGGACGAGGUGGAAUUCUGGCUCAUGCUUUUGCACCACAAGAUGGACGAUUCCACUAUGAUGCAGAUGAGACAUGGGCAGUGGGUGCAACCCCAGGUGCAAUCGACUUGGAGACUGUUGCCUUGCAUGAGAUAGGGCACCUGCUUGGUCUUGGUCAUAGCUCAGUGGAGGGAGCUAUUAUGUUCGCGCGUAUUCCUCCUGGAUCAACUAAGGGUCUCCAUAGUGAUGAUAUCCAAGGGAUUCGUGCUUUAUAUAAGAUAUGCUCAUACAAUGGCAGCUAUUGGCAAAUGGGAAGGUACAAAAGAUGUUCUAGUGUUGCUUCUUCGCAACUAUAGUGUGGUCCAUCUCACUCCUUUGUAAUAAGGUUGUAUUUAAAAAUUCAAGCCCUUGCCAUGUCUCUAUAUGUUGUAUUAUAUUUUUUAGGGUAUCAGUAUGGAUGACAAGCUUGGAUCCUAAGUUCCCAUACACUGGGAUUCAGUUGAUGCAGGGAAAGGAGGGUGUUAAAACUUUGACUUAUAUUAUGCAUGUUUGGCCUAGAGUGGAAUGGAAAACACCACCUAUCAUUUUAUUGAAAUGGAAUACGGAUGGAUCAUCGAUGGGGAAACCGGGUAAAAGUGGAAUUGGAGGUGUGCUAAGGGAUUAUGGUGGACAUAUUAAAUGUUUAUUUUCAUGUCCUACUGGAGAAUUAAGUUCCAAUCAAGUUGAGUUGAAGGCAAUGAUUAAAGCAUUGCAAAUUUCAAAGGACCUUAUUGCAUCCUCACACGGAAAUCAUGCUUUCAUUUUUGAAACAGACUCAACAAAUAUUUUAGCAUGGAUUAAUGGAUCGAGUGAAAGACCAUGCUGAGAUAAACACUUGAUCAUGGAAGCUCUCAAUUUGAUAGCCCAAUUACCACAUAUUUUGUUUUUACAUAGUAACAGGGAAGCAAACUCAUUGACUGACAACUUUGCAAAAUUAGGUAAAGAAAAAGAAUAUGCUUUUUUGGCAAAUGGUUA